GUAAUUUUGACUUUGAAUGUGCGUUUUAAAUGACAGUGUUCUGAUUGUGUUGAAUCUAUAAUUCGUGAAUCUCUACAAUCUUCAGAAACCUAGCUCAGAAUCCAGCUAGCAGGAAUAAUCUUUGACACAGGUCCUUAAAAGAGCUCCUAACAUCUUCUCCCUCCACACUUUGGGUCUGUGGAUGUGAGCUCAACUGGCUGAACCUACCUGUUGCUGUGACAUUGAGGUGGACAGUGGGACCCUGUGCUGGUACAAUGAAGACCCCAGUGCAUUCUUAACCUGAGCUGGGGUCUGUGGUGAUGUUUCGGCUCUGGUGUGCGAAUUCCUUUCUUCGCAGGCUCCUUCACCGGGGGACAGUGAACCGGGACCAGGUCCUGGAGCAGCUGCGGGUUUGCUCUGCUGAGGACCAGCUGUUUGAUGUGGUGGGGAAGAACAAGGCCAAGCUCACAGUGAACCAUGUCAGCUGGGCUGUGGGGAUGCUGUGGCAGUUUCAGAGGGAGAAGCCACAAAUACUCCGGACUAUUGAGCUCAUUAAGAACCACCCACAGUUCUUGACUCUCCGGGUUUUGGCGGAGAACAAAAUUGCUCUUAUGGAUGAUUUUAUGUUGGUCGACAUGCUUUACAUUUUCCUCAGGUUGAACGUGGAUCCACAUGACUCUCUUGUUCAGCAGUUGGUUUCAGAAGCAUGGCUGAGAAUAGACAGAUUUCCAAUGGCAUCCUUAUCCAAGUUUGCCAUCUGUCUAAGCGAUCAGCAGCUUCAACACAGUCCUCUAAUGGGCCACAUCACGAGUAUUGUGGAUCAGAAGUUGUCGAGUAUUGAUGAUGCCAGGAUCCUAACUACACUGAUGAUUAGUGUGUCGUCCCUGGUCUCUCCCCGGCUUCGGGAUGCCCUCAUUGACAGGGCAGACCAUCUCCUGGACACCAUGGAUGUCUCAAAUUAUAACAACCCGAGGAGAGUGGUGCAGUUCCUGCGCAACAUCAAGCACAGUCACCGGCCUCUGCUGGAGAAGUGCAACGACAUCUUCUUGUGCAACAUUCCCAGGAUGGACGCAGAAAACAUUAGCAUCAUCAUGGGGCUGUAUCAGUCCCUGCAGUUCAACAACUGUGACUUUAGGCUGGCUGUUAAACAAAGGCUAACAGAGCUGGUUGAUUCAAGCACGGACCCUUUCUCCUUCACUAGACUGUUUGUUGCUCUCGCUCCGAUGGCCAGUGUGGAGAUUAGAGAACGGUUGGAGAACACUGCCCUUCUGCUCGCGGAUGAGCUCAAUGCACAGCAGGCUCUGGCUGUAGCUGAAGCUCUAGAGGAGGUUCAGAGCAGGAAUCUCACUUUACUGAACAAAAUUGCAUCAGUAAUCCAAAGGAACCUUCCUGUCUACAAACCAGUGGAGGUGGCCAGAAUCACCCAAACCCUUUUUCUGUUGCAGUACCAGAACCCCGAGUUCUUCACAAAACUAAGAAACAUUCUGAUCACCUUUCUGCUGCACAGCGUCUUCCCCUACGAAGUGACUAUGUUAACUCGCGUUCUGUCCAUGCUGCCCCACCCGCGGCUUGAUGAGGGCGUGAUCUCUCGGGUAGAUGCGGUGAUGACCCAGUGCAGUCUCAACGACCUCAACACCAUUGCGCUUGCCUUCGCCAAGUGGGUGCGUAGCGAUCCCUCCUACCGCCGCAACACUCCCAAUAAGUACGUCCAUCUGCUGCAGACCCUGAACCGCUGCGGGCACGAGAGGCUGCAGACGGCUGACCGGCUGGACUUGCUGCUGGAGGAGCUCAGAUACAUUUCGGGAGACUGGUUUGAAGAGAUGCUGGUCGAAGAGACGAUGGUCACUCUGCAGAGGAUGGUGGACCAAAUUCAAUGGACUAAUGUGCCUGAGUUGGCCCUGUUCUUAACCAGGAUAAAUCAGCUCUGCCCUCCUCUGAUGGAUCGUAUCGCCAGUGUGGCCAUUAAAGACAUUGACAAGAUUCACCACUCCGCAACAUAUGCCACCCUGCUGCCCUUCUCCGUCCUGAAUUAUGAUUCUGUACAAGCAGACAAGCUGUACGAUGUUUGUGUUCAGCGCCUCACUCCUCAUAUCAGCUCCUUUGACCCACAUCUGCUAGUUCUCCUGGCAUACUCUUUGGCUGUGGCUGACUGUUUCCCCGAGGAACUAGUCAGAGAAAUCUUCAGGGUUGAGUUUCUGGGAAAGCUGGACGCCCAAUUGGAAACCCUACCUGAUGCCCUCGUCAUGCGAACCAGACUGCGCCUCAUGGAGCUCAAUCGCGCCGUGUGUCUCGAGUGUCCCGAGUUCCAGGUGCCGUGGUUUCAUGACCGCUACUGCCAGCAUUUGCUAAAGAAAGGGAAUGGCUCUGUCAGUCCUGCGCAACAGCAAAUCCACAAAAUGCUGGGUGAGGUUCUUGAUGGCAUCAACCAUGUUCGGAUAGCAGUUGUCACUCCAUAUUUUUACACCAUAGACUUUGAAUGCAUACUGGACAAACACAUGCAGCCGGUGCCCUACAGUGAGCCGAGCAGGCUGCAAAUCUCAGACAGAAGAAAGGUUGACUGGGGGACGAGCUCACCGGAACACGUCAGGGACGAGCUGCCGCCUGGAGCUCAGCGGGUUGCUGUGGACUUUCUUGAUUCAAAGACCUUCUGCAAGAAUUCUCACCACGUCAAAGGCGAAGUCCUGAUGAGGAAAAGACACCUUGAAAUCCUGGGAUACCGUGUGGUUCAGAUCCCUCACUUUGAAUGGAACUCUAUGGAGCUCUCAACUAAGGACGCUUGGAAGGAAUAUCUGAAGAAAAAAAUCUUUAAAGAGCUUUCUUCUUGAAGGACUUGUUAUUGAAUACUGGAAGUAAUGUUACAUUCAGUGUUGAGCUUCGAGUUUGGUUCUGAGAUUUUUCAGGCUGAACGACUGUAGUACACAUCAAGUGCUCCUUAUUUUUAGUUCUUGAGGAUAAAGUUGAAAUGACGCUAGCUCAUUCGUGUUGAGAGUGUCAGUGUAUAUUAUGUGCUUUUGUAUUAAAAUUAGUAAUUUAAAGAAAAUGCAAAGGUUUAGUAUCUAUUUUCCAUAUAAAACAUAAUUGGGGGAUUAUUAGUGUUGCUUUACAACUUAAUUUCUAUGGUUU